CUUUGGUACGUCUGUGGUAGGUAACUACGUCAGCAGCCACAGCCUCAGCGCCAUCGCCCCACAGAUCGACCACUUCUGCGCACCCGAUGGGCAGCCCAUCAACAUGUUAUGGCUGCGCAAUGGCACCACUUUUAUGAAUGCCGUGGCCGAGAUGUUUGGCCAAGCGGUUCUAUCGGCAGGGUGUACGGUAGACGGUCUUGGCCCUGGAUGUGCAGGACAGGACCGGCAAAGUGAGGGUGUAUGCCCCGAUGUAGUAAGGUCACAGGUAGGUAUGGGGAUGGGCGAUGAGCCUUUGGAUACAAGAGGAGGCACAGCCGGCGAAGAAGAGGACAAAAUCGGCCCGAAGGCGGCCGAAAAGCAGGAGCGGAGUCGACCCGUUAGUCCUGUUGGGUUGGAGUCGGGCGCAGAGACGAAAGACAAUGCGCGUGCAGUGGGGUUUGCAGCCGUUAUGCAGCAGAUGCUCGACGCUCCGGUGGACUGUGGAGGACUCAUGGCCCUACCCUUUAUGUACGGAGAACCCGGUAGGUAA